AUGGUGGACAUUCUUUGUUACUUUCAGGGACGUGGUUAUCAUAUUUCAAUUGACGGAGACACAGUGUAUGAUGCUGCUUGGUGCAACAUUUCUUCUCAAGGUUUACAGCCGUUCCUUGAGUUUGCUGGUGUCACUCCAAAUGCUUCUAUUCAAGCCUUUGUUGACUUUAAGGAAGCAUCCUAUAGUGGAGGGGGGGACAUUACAUUUAAAGGAUCUCUCGAGGGACAAACUUAUUUCCAGAAGAGAAUUUUUCAGGGGCAGUUUCCUGUGGGGGAGUCACCUAUCCACAUAUUAUAUUCUGUGAAAUCUGAUAGCAAUUCUUCAUUGGGACUUGUGCUUGAGUUCACUUCCAUUGCAAACGAAAGAACUUCAGUACUCCUUACAUCCCCGCAAAUGAAUCAGCUCUCAAGCAAAUUCGACAAAGCACUCACGACGCAUGAACUCAGGGGACUUUCCCCUCAAUGGGUUGUACAUGAAGGCACAAUCACCAUGACUGGGUACGUGUUGACAGCAAUCCAUGCAGUGUGCUACAGAUCAGAGCCUCCGUAUAAUAUGCCAAGACUUAAGUCCAGAUCAUAUGGCCCUGAUAGCAGGGUGGGUUCUUCAACGGACUAUUUUGCGGUUCUUGGUCACAUUACAAUCAAGACUUCUGCUCAUAACUCAGAUUUUCCCAUCUCUACUUCGUGGCUAGUUAGUGGUGAAUACAUCAAAUGGAUAUCAGAUUCCGAGGGUUCAAAGGCCCUUAGUCUCAAACUUCUCUGGAACCUGAAAGAUGGUGAUAAUUACGUGUUCCUUAACUACAAAGUGUAUGUCGAGAAACUAUCAGAACAAACAGAACGUGUGCCAAUGCCAGAGUACCUUGGAAUUGCACAAGUGAAUUGCUUCUACGUUGCUGACCUCAAAAUUCCUGCUGUCAUUUCCCGUGUCAGAUUUAUUAUACAAGUUUGUAGUGAUGACGGUACCAAUCAGAAGCUGGAUGAUUCUCCAUAUUAUGAAUUGCAUGUUGAAAAUGCUUAAAUGUUCAUUUUUAAUGUAACAUCACUUCUCCUUCAUAGGAAGACUCUAUUGUAAAAUGUGAGGUUGGAGAGGGCAUCUACUUGUUAAACUUAUGCUGCAAAAAUUAAUGAAACUUCAUUCUAACGGUACAAGUGAAGUGCCCUUUU